CUUUGCUUCUCAAACAACACUAGCAAUCAUGUCAUCAGAUCUUGUCCCUCUUACAAUCAUCAAGGGCGCAAGCCAUGAGUUUAUCCCUUUUCCAGCAGGGGAGAAUGCCACUGUCGCCGACUUCCACUCCAUCCGCACAAACACUACCGACUCGCCUUCAUAUCUGACAUCGGGCUUCUACAAGAUCGAGAAGGGCAAGGCGUAUCCCCUACACUAUUCCUGCGAGGAAACAAAAUACGUCAUAAGUGGACAGAUCGAUGUCUUGGACGAGGCCACUGGAGUGACGCAUCAUCUGGUACCUGGAGAUUUCGCUUUCUUCUACGUCAACAGCAAAGUGCAGUUCUCGACCAAGUCUACUGGUUUGGCUUUCUAUGCUGUGACGAGACCCGUGAAGGCGGCGCAUCCCAAUCUUGCUGGCAGAGAGGAGGAUGUCAAGUCAAAGUCGAAGCUGUGAUAUGGCAGAUCUAGUAUCGCGACAAAGGUACACAUAACCACGCAAAUUAAAAUGGAACAUCAGAUCAUCCUUGUUCGG